ACUUUUCCUUCUAGUCAUUGGUCUUUGGUAUUGUUUGUUGUCUGGGGUUUCGACGAAGAAGAAUUCAAGAAAAUGGCGCGCCGGUUACGAUUCUCACGCAGCACAUCAGCGCCCCCAGUGGACAGAAUCUCACGCGAUGAGACCGGGGAGAGGCCUAGGGCAACGAGUAACGUAGACACCAAGCUGAACGACGUCGCACCGCCCGCGUUAUGUAAGAUCAUCAAGGAUGUAGGCGCGCAUGGAAAGCGGCAAUCCCGCAAAGAGAUGGAGAAGCGAAACUCGCAGCCAAAGAGCAGCAAAGGGUCGCACUUGGAAAUCCACAAGAUCGUCAAGGAUAUAGGGGCGCAUGACCCAACAAUCUCCCAGAAAGACACGUCGAAUCACUCGACCACCAAAGCCCCGAAGAGCUCCCAUCCAGGAAUCCACAAAAUUAUUAAAGAAAUCGGUGCGCAUGAACAGAAGCAAUCGCAAAAGGAGCCACCGAAUCGCGUGCAUUCCAAGUCGGUAGGAAGUGCACAUCCCGAAAUACAGCAGAUCAUCAAAGAGGUCGCCAUGAGCGAGCGCCGCCGGUCCCAACCAAACCAAGGUACGCAAAACAGUCGACCUCUUUCGAGGCGGGCGUCUCUAUCAUUUCUACGAAGAUCAAAAUCGACAUCAACGCCCAAAUCUGCGCCGGCACCACAAGAGGAGGUUCCCGCUGUACCUGAAGUUGUCGUCGACUCUCCUAUAUCCCCAGCCACAGCGAGAAGCAAAAGGAGCGCUUCUGCACCCACACGACCUUCGUCCGACCUACUCGACGCCGCCACCCUUGAAGCUUUAGCAAUAUCAAUAAUGCCCCCCGUGCGACCGGCUCGACCGAGCUUCACAAAUGCUACGCCUCGCGCAGCCUCUGCGCCCCGUCAGCGCUCGACUUCUGUUGGACAGUACUCGCUAUUCCCAAAGCCAUCUCCAACUCCUUCGCCACAGUCUUCGCCUGUAAUACUUCCUAUACUGCCUGUCCGUCAACGAGCCACUCUUCCUCCCAUACCAUCUCUACCGGCUUUAAAUAAGGAAUCCUCGGCUCACAAGGCCAAGUCACUCUCUACGAGCAAUUUGGCUGAUAAGUCGGAAUCGCAAAAAGCCCACAUGCAUAAACUCUCUAUUCAGAUCCCAAUAAAACCUAGCCAGCCCAUACCACAGGUCGACCCUGAACAGCCUCCAACGCGUCCGACUUCAUCGCAUUCCACCGCGUCACGCAAAUCAAAGCGAGUCACUUUCUCGGAAACUGGCCCCGAAGUCAUUAGCAUCUCGUCAAGGAAAAGCUCGCCGGAGCGCCGAAGGACCAAGUCGCCACAGCGAUCCCAUGCAUCUUGGAGUAGCGUUUUUCUUCUCAGCGACCCCGAAAAAGUUGAACGACCAUCACUCUCUCGUCACCUAUCUCUGCCAGCAUCGUCUUCAAGGUCAUCGUCCAAAUCAUCAAAUCGCAAGUCGAUUUUGAGACGCUCCAGCUCUUUUCACACAAACACCGUCACUGAAGAAGAGAAAACAGUCCCGGAGCGGAUACCAGAAAAUCCAAUGAUGGUGAAAAACCUCAAGAGGCUCCCGCGUAAAAAUUCUAGGAAAACUCAGCCCCUUCCAGCUUCAUUAUCAGGAGCGGCAGAGUCAUCUCCUCAAGUGGAGCCCCCAGCGUCCGCGACGAAAUAUACACGGCAUCCAAUCAUUGUUCCUAUCGCUACUGCCAUCACUACAUCUUCACCGUCACUCGCGUCCACGCCUUCGUCGACGCGUUCUUCUUAUUAUUCCUCGUCCUCGGCUUAUGACUCUUCCAGCUCUUCACGCACAUCUUAUUCUUCCAGUACUUCAUCCGAAGACAACAUGUUUCGUACUGUCAGUGAGCCUGUUCGUUUCUCCAAAAACGCGACAUCAAUACCACCCCCACCGCCACUACCAAUACAAAGUGCUGCGAUGUCGGUGAUGUAUGACGAUUCACCAACACUCGGCACACUGCCAGUCUUUCCCUCGUCAGCAGCCAAGCUCAAGACCGUCAAUUCUUGGGGAUCUGGGCCUACGGCAGCUAAGGCAGCGGCAGCGCACGCCCAGCAGAAACAGCGCGAGGGGAAAUGGCUGAAGAGCAGUGUCCACCGCCGCCAUUCUGCUAACGGGCGGGCAGAAUACAAUGCCCCCCCUCCUCCUGUUCCACCACUUCCUGCGAGUGUGGGAGCUUAUUGA